GCCCCCACAGAAUCCAAACCCUCCACAGCGAAGUUCAAGUACCGAUGAAGAGGGGGCUUCGUGAAUCAUCAAAUGCCUCUUUCUGAAACGGAACCAACGGAAAGAAGCUCUCUAUCUUCUACAAAUUGGCAGCAAGCUGCGAGAAGACGAAGGAGGGGACGACACUAGCAGCUUCUACUUCAAUUUUAGUUCAUCCUCUUCUAUAGGUAACCCUAAAAUUGUCUCCAGAUUAAAAUUGGGAGGCCAUUCAUUCAGAUAGUUAAAAAAAAAUUCUCAGUAUUAUGUAAUUGUUUGAUUUUGGUUCAAUUUUUUUAAACUUUUGUUUGCUUGUUUGAUUGAAUUUGGGAAUUCCUAAAGAGUGUGUCAUUACAACAAAAUGUAAGGACCUCUGCUGUCUUCUUGAAAAUAGAGGGACCUGAGAGUUAUUUCAACAAAACUCGCGUCACCCGUGAGUAAUUUUCUGUACAAAACACUGAUAUAUAGAAGCUAAGAAAUAAAGGAUCUUCCUGCCCGGCCAUAUGAAUCAUCUAUUAUGGCCGUUUGCUGCUUUUCUCGUGCCGGUAAUUCUAGGCCUCGUCGUUUUCCAACUCGACUCGUUCGACCCAGCACCGUACCCGGCUAAGCAGCCGAGUCAGAAGAGCCCGCCGCCGCCGCCGGCCCCAAGCAGCAACGCCCGGAUGCUGCAUGGCUCAGAGAGGAUAGGAGUGGGACGGCUGUGGGGCCCGGAGGACAUAGCCUACGACCCCAAGACGGGGGUCAUAUACACCGGGUGUGUGGAUGGGUGGGUCAAGCGAGUGACGGUGAACGAGUCCUCGGCGGCGGACUCGGUGGUCGAGGACUGGGUCAACACGGGCGGCAGGCCGCUUGGACUCGCCCUUGGACUUCACGGGGAAGUUUUGGUAGCUGAUGCUGAUAUUGGAUUAUUGAAUGUGACGGCGGAUGGCCGAGUGGAGCUGCUGGCGGAUGAGGCGGAGGGGGUGAAGUUCAAGUUGACGGACGCGGUUGGACUUGCAGAGGACGGUGUCCUCUAUUUUACGGACGCGUCUUGGAAAUACAGCCUGAACGACUUCAUUUCGGACUUUCUUGAAGGGAGGCCCUACGGAAGGUUGCUAUGUUACGACCCAAAUACCAAACAGACCAAAGUGCUUGUCAAAGACUUGUUCUUUGCAAAUGGCGUUGUUGUCUCUCCGGACCAGAAGUUUGUCGUUUUCUGCGAAACCCCAUUGAGGAGGUGUAAGAGGUUGUUCAUAAAGGGUGAAGGGAAGGGGGACAUUGAUGUCUUUAUAGAGAAUUUGCCAGGAAUGCCAGACAACAUUCGAUACGAUGGAGAAGGGCUCUUCUGGAUUGCGUUCGUCAGCGACUACACCUUGGAGUGGAAGCUUGCGCAGAAGCAUCCCUUGAUGAGGAUGGUUUUGGGAGUGAUGGUGAAGUACGGAGUGCGACCGGAAAUGGAGAGGAACGGAGGGGCUUUCGCGGUGGAUUUGGAGGGAAACCCGGUGGCUCAUUACCACGACCGCCAUUCCAUGCUCGUGUCAACCGGAAUCAAGAUCCGGGAUCAUCUCUACUUUGGUUUUGUAACUUCCAACUUCAUGCUUAGGCUCAACCUCACUCAAAAUCCCGCGGUUCAAACCGGGAAUUGAGGGACGCGGAUCACGGGUGUUUGUCCCCGACUCUACUUUUUGUGGGAUUUUUCUUAAAUAAAUUGGACAUAAGGGCACAAACAGAAUCCCUCCAACGUUGUCUCUCUGCUCUUCAGUGUUUGUUUUCAUGUGUAAGUGAUUCAGUCUUGACCAUGAAACUCUUGUUUAGUAAUUUGAUGCAAAUUUGGGGGAAAAUCUAUAUGUUGAAAAUGGUAAAGGAUUUCUUGAAUGUGUUCGAUUGGUACUUGUAAUUUGCAUUUGAAGAUUUGGUUUAGUGAUUAUGUUUUAUACGGAGCACGUUUUUUUGGUUUUCUUGAAUAAGAAUUGGUGAAGUAA